AUGGCAUCAGCUCCACCAACCGCUGCCAACAUGGGCGCAGACCUCAAAACGACUCCCGCCGCGCCGCCCGCGAAGCCCAAGCCGUGCUGCGUUUGCAACGAAGAGAAGGCGAAGCGCGACGAAUGCAUGCUGUUCUCGACAUCCAACGACGCCCAGAAAGAAUGCGCCGACAUGGUCUCGAAAUACCGCGAGUGCAUGGCUGGCUUCGGAUUUAAGAUAUGA